CUUUGCUGCAACACACGGCAAUUACAGUUGUUCGAAUUCCUACAUCCACAUCUGAUAAAAAAGCAGUAGCCAGAAAGAAACAAGUUGCCGAUCGUAGAUUGCUGCUAGGAUGGAGCACCAGGGGCAGCACGGCCACGCCACCAACCAAGCCAACGAGUACGGCAACCCGGUUGCCGCUGGGCAUGGCGCCACCGGCGUGGGUGCUGCCGGCGACCAGGUCCAGCCCAUGAGGGACGACCACAAGACCGACGGCCUCCUUCGCCGCUCCGGCAGCUCCAGUUCUAGUUCGUCUGAGGAUGACGGCAUGGGCGGGAGGAGGAAGAAGGGCAUCAAGGAGAAGAUCAAGGAGAAGCUCCCCGGGGGCAACAAGGACAGCACCGGUCAGCAGCACACGACGACCGGCGGCGCCGUCGGCCAGCAGGGGCACGCUGGCGCAACCGGCACAGGUGCGCAUGGCACGGAGGGCACCGGAGAAAAGAAGGGACUCAUGGACAAGAUCAAGGAGAAGCUUCCCGGGCAGCACUAAGCUAUUUCGUCCAUCCCGCGCGCGCUACGAGAACGUGAAUGCUAGAUGAGCUGGAUGCAGGAUUGGUUGAAAUAUCGUACAUAGCAAUAAAUGGUCAUCUGACAUGACGACAUGUGUGGGUUCAAUUUGGUUGUUCGGUAAUACCGUUGGGUUUGUGACAUAUAUAAAUAUAUAUAUAUACAUAUAUCUUGUGCA